AUGGCCGAAGCCUUCAUUUGCCAUGCCUUCGACAAUUGUGGUCCAGCCAUUCAGGAAUUUCCCAGCUUCUUCGCAGAGACGCACUAUCAGGAGAUCACCAGCAACACCAAUACGCCUUUCCAGGAGGCCUUCAAACGGUUCAAUAACCUACAGCACGUAAUGACUGCACUCGAAUCAACCGACUGGACAGUUGGGUUCAGUCAUUUCGAAAAGGAAGCUUGCGCUAUAAUCCAACCGCCUCAGGAAUCGCGCAGACCAUCCCUUGUCGACGUGGGCGGUGGCCACGGCCAUCAAUGCAUCCAACUCAUAAAGAAAUACCCAAAUCUCAGCGGAUGGCUCACCCUCCAGGACCUACCACAAGCAGUAGAUCAGCUCCCUAAAAUCGACGGAGUAGAAACCAUGGUACAUGACAUCUUCCAGACACAGAUCGUUAAAGGCAAAUCCUACAUCUAUACUCAGCACAACUGCCCCAGUAUCCUACCGUCAUCGGCUGACAUGAAAAUAAACACCCAAGGUGCCAAAUUCUACUACCUCCGUAGAAUCCUUCACGACUAUCCUGACGCCCAAGGUAUCAAAAUCCUCAAGAACCUACGCGCCGUAAUGGCCCAUGAUUCGCAGAUCCUCAUCGAUGAAAUGGUCUUGCCGGGGACCAACGUACCUUGGCAAGCGACACUGGCUGAUCUAUCGUUGAUGGUCUCCAUGGGCGGAAAGGAGCGCUCAAAGGAGCAGUGGGAAGCUGCUUGCUGA